AUGAAAAUUCUCAUCACAGGCGCCUCCGGCUUCGUCGGCCAAAUCCUCGCCCACCACCUCCUCGCCACAAACACAGCCACGCAUCUCAUCCUCGCGGACCUCCACGAACCCCCUUCACCCAACCCCUCAUCCCAAAACAUCACCUGCACAGCCGCAGACCUGACUUCCCCCUCCGCCUGCACCUCGCUCAUAGCGCAAAACCCCGAUGCAGUCUACAUCCUACACGGCAUAAUGUCGAGCGGCAGCGAAGCCAACCUCGAUCUAGGCCUCAGUGUAAACUUUGAAUCCGUACGCACACUCCUUGACACAAUCCGCGCGCAGCGUCCCGGCAUCAAGGUAAUCUUCACCUCGUCGUGCGCUGUGUACGGGCGCGCAGCCGUAGCAAACGUAGCCACGGAAACAGACAUAGUCGCCAUGCCCGAGUCGAGCUACGGGACGCAGAAACUCAUGAUUGAAUUCCUGAUCAAUGAUUACUCGCGGCGCGGGCUGAUUGAUGGGCGCACAGUACGGCUCCCGACUGUGUUUGUGCGGGCGGGGGCGCCGACGGCGGCGGCGUCGUCGUUUGUAUCGGGGAUUGUGAGGGAGCCCGUCAAGGGUGUUGCAGCAGAGUUACCCGUGGAUCCUUCGAUAGGGAUUUGGCUUACGUCGCCGCGGACGCUGGCGGCGAACUUGGUGCAUGCGGUCAAGGUGCCUGCCGAGGCGUUUGGCCAUUUCAGACAGGUUUUGUUGCCGGGGUAUACGGCGACGAGUGGGGAGAUUCUGGAGGCGCUGGAGAAAGUGGCGGGGAGGGAGACGCGGGCGUUGGUUACGGAGAAGAGGGAUGAGGCGACGGAGAGGAUUGUGUUGAGUUGGCCGGCCAAGUAUGAUACCUCGAGAGCGAAGGAGUUGGGGUUUAGUGAGGAUGUGGGGCUUGAGCAGACGAUUAGGGAUUUCAUUGAGGGAGAGAAGAGCAAGUCAUGA